AUGGAUCUUAAAACAACCUACAUCCCCUGCUCCCCCAUCAACACCCCCAACCUCCCCCCCAGCACAGAUUCCGUACCCCUCGCAGAUGCCUCCCUCAUACCCAUGAAUGUCGUCCAGACUGCCCUCUGCUUUGACGGGGCUCUAGAUGAAGAAAGGUUGAAGAACGCGGUACAGCUUUUGUCGGGUGUGUGGCCCACCUUGGCUGGGCGGUAUGAAAUGAGCAAGGUUGGAGAAGAGUACGAGUUUGCCACCCAAACCCUCACGCUCGCCCAACCCUUCCCCACCACCCACGUCGUUCAGCCCUCCCCCGGCGUUUUUCUCCCCCCUCUCGGCGAGAACUACCACCUCCCCAACCAUCCCGACGCCCACAUCUUUGCGAUUCGCCUUACAACCCUCCUCCCCAGCGGCAACUCUUUCUUGGGCCUACAGGCAAGUCAUCUGAUCGAUGGAGAAGUGAAACGCCAGCUGUUGAAGAUUCUCGAUGCUUUCUACACGCACGGCGAGGCUGCGAGGGAGAAGAUGUACGAGCUCGCGGGGUGUGUGCUUCCGACGUUCUUCCCGCAUGUUGGUCUUUUGCUCCCUUACGACCCUAUCUGGAACCUCCUCGUUGAGCGUAAGGGCCACCGCCAUGACUUAUCUGGGAUCGUCAGCGACGUUAUCGCCGCCGCCGCCCAGUCCGUCCCCGUCAUCAUAGAACUGCACCGAUCGGAGCUCGCCUUCUUGCGAGAAAAGUACCAACAAGACAUCGCGGUCAAGUUGUCGGAGCAGGAUGCAUUGUCGGCUUGGUGGAUUACCUUGCUGAAGAAGGUGGGCGUUGAUGUGCAUAGGGUGAUGUACGCUUUACCGCAACUUCUCCCCAUCCCACCCCUCUUCCCCCCCAUACUCCCCUCUCUCGCAAUGCACGCCGUCAUGCCAUUCCACAUCCCCAUCCCCUCCUCUUCCUCCCUUUGUUCCACCCCCGCGACCCCUGCGGAGGUGGCAAAGACUAUCCGAGAAGGUCUUGCCAGACUCCGAGCUUCGCCCGACGAAACACUCCGCUGGAUCUCUGCGGGUGCAUAUCAGAUGAGACAAGCAGCGAUUGAAGGGAAGGGGUAUGAUCUUUUGCCUAAUGAUGGUGAAGUCAGUAUUAACUCCAACUUGCGAGUGGACAUGGAGAACAUAAUGGACUGGCAAGUCUCCUUUGGGUUCUCCGCCCACCAAGUCGCUUUCCACACAUUCAUCUCCCUCCCAAACUUCCUCCGCGUCUUCAGGGCCAACUCUCGAGAAGGAGAAGAAAAGGGAGAGCGAGUGGAGCUGAGCUUCAACGUCGCUGACGAGGGCGUGAAAAAGAGUUUGACGGAAAUUGUAAAGGAGGAACGAAGGGCUUGGGGGAAGGUGGGGGCUGGAUUGGGUGGAUUCGAGCGAUGA